UUGUAGGUUAUAUAUAUGUAUAGCCCCUGAUGAGGUUGGUACCUGGUACCUAGUGCUUCUAUUACUAAGAAAAACAGUACUCUUUCAUCUGCCAACUCCAAGAGCACGAGUAAAAUAGUAGUAUAUCUUAAGCAAUCGAUCGAGUUCCCAGCUCUUGGCUUCUUCAUUACACACAAGGGUGGAAAUGGGAGGAAGUGAUGUAACUGCUUCUACUCAUGACAUAGAAAAUCCGUUGGAAACCCUAAAGAUGAAGUUGACAGGCUUGUCUCGCCUGUCCCCUUUGCGUUGCAUCCACCGUGUUCCUGAUCGAUUCCGCCGUGAACGCGAAAGGGACUACACACCUCGUGUUAUCUCUAUAGGCCCAUAUCAUCAUGGAAAAGAAGCCUUGAAGCGCAUGGAAGUUCAAAAAAUGUGGUACCUAAAUGGUUUCAUGAACCGACCGCGAAACCAUUCAGAACUGAAUGAUUACAUAGAAAAAAUAAGAGAGCAAGAAGUAAAACUGCGGAAUUAUUACACAGAGACCAUUGUGCUUGACAGUGAUCAAUUUGAACCAUCAAAAGAAAAAAGUGAUCAAUUUGUCACAAUGGUUUUAGUCGACGCCAUCUUCCUUCUUGAGUUCUUACUUAGGUGCUCGGACAAAAGUCUGCAAGAUGAAAAUGACUGUAUCUUUGGAACCCCAUGGAUGCUCCCGGAUGUAGCGACUGACUUGCUGAUGCUUGAAAAUCAGCUUCCACUCUUCAUUCUGGAGGACCUUUUCAGCCUAUACAAUGAUGAGCCAUGUGAACGUGCUAAGCAGCAGCUUUCCAUAAAGUUUCUUAGUUCCCAGCAUUUGAUGGGGUACGAGUUAAAUAAUUCAUUGGGAUCCCAAGUAGAAGGGCAACAUUUCGUUGAUCUCUUAAGAAACCUAUUACUGAUAGCUCCUCUAUUGAAGAAGAAAGAAAAAGAAGAAUCUAAGGGAAAAACCGACACUGCAAUAGCUUCUCAAGUGAAAGAAAAAGAAGAAUCUAAGGAAGAAACCGACACUGCAAUAGCACCUACCAUUGAAAGGCUACACCAGGCAGGAGUCAAAUUUAUUAAUGGUGAUCAGUCAAUCAAGGCAGGAGACAUUAAUGGUGAUCAGUCAAGCGGGGGCGGGGCAGCUGGUGCUCAGUCAAUCAAGGCAGGAGACAUUAUUGGUGAUCAGUCAAGCGGGGGCGGAGCAGCUGGUGCUCAGUCAAUCGCUGACUUGUUUGACAUAACAUUCAAUAAACACGGGAUUCUGAAGAACGGGAUUCUGAAGAUUCCAAAAUUGAGGAUAGAUGAUAGAACGGAGCUUAUACUUAGAAAUAUAAUUGCCUACGAACAAUGCAGCAUUUCUAACGAUCGUAUCAUAUCUGAUUAUGUUAUCCUCAUGGAUAUGUUGAUCGACAGUCCAAGAGAUGUGGAGUUGCUUGUUAAGAACAAUAUUAUUAAAAAUGAUCUCGGAGGUGGCGAUAAGGACGUGGCUAACAUGAUCAAUGGACUUUCUACCGGGAUUAUUUAUAACUCGGACAAUUUCUAUUAUGCUGGUCUUUGCGGAGACCUGGACACUUAUUGCAGUUCCAGGCGGCACAAAUGGAUCGCAAAAUUGAGACGCGAUUAUUGCCUCAACCCUUGGUCUACUAUUUCUGUCGUGGCAGCAGUUGUUCUCCUCAUACUCACUGCCAUUCAAACUAUCUGCGCAGUUUAUCAACUUUUUGAUUAAGUGACUCUUUCUUCAUUCGAUCUGUCGACUCUAGACCAGCUUUUUCUUUGGAAGGAAUAAUGCACCUAAUGCAGUGUGUGUGUGCUCUGUUGUUUCAAGUGAUAUCCCAGUAUUAUUUUUGAGUUUAUCGAAGCUAGUAGAGUGCUUGUUUCGUUUGCUAGGGUUGUUGAAAUGUAUUUGCUACUUUCGUUGUUAUAAUAAGAAGGGAGUUCCAUUUUUGGAGGAGGAGAUUUCUCUAGAUCUAUCUCCUCUCUUUGGCUCCUCUAAAUUUGUAACUUAGUUAUUCUAAUAUAAAUCCACUUAUGUUUGUGAUCUUCUUUUUCUUCAUAUU